GGCGGAGACAGGAAAGGGGUGAGGUCGCUGCCGCCUUUUAGAGCCCUGAACGUGUAGCCCCCCUCGUUCUCCUUCCCCGCCUCCCACCUCGACGCCGGGACCGCGCGUGCGCGCGAGAGCCUUACAGUAGGGGACGGGCCGCGCGGGAGUGAUCACAUGAUCGCGGCGGCCGUCUGUACAGUAAGAGUCCAAUAUGGCAGCAGCGGCGGUGGCGGCGGCGGCGGCAGCAGCAGCGUUAGCAGCGGCGGCAGCAACAGUGGCAACGGCAGCCAAAGGACCGGCCGCCCCCUAGACCCCGGCGCGCGUCCCCUCUUGCUGCUGCUCCUCCUCCUUAAGUCUGGACUCUCCUUCGGCUACACUUCCCCCUUUCUUCCUCCUUUCCCGGCACAGCGGGGAAAGCCGCGCAGGCGGGCGGGCGAACAAGCGAGCGAGGUAGCGAGCGGUGAGAGGGCGGGCGGCCGGACCCCGGACACGGGAAUAUCCCAGCCAAUCUAAACCCCGACAUGAGGGAAAAGGGCCGUAGGAAGAAGGGCAGGACCUGGGCGGAGGCCGCCAAGACGGUCCUGGAGAAAUAUCCCAAUACACCCAUGAGCCAUAAAGAAAUUCUUCAAGUUAUACAGAGGGAGGGAUUAAAAGAAAUCAGAAGUGGGACAUCUCCCCUUGCAUGUCUGAAUGCAAUGCUGCACACCAACUCCAGAGGGGAAGAAGGGAUUUUCUAUAAGGUCCCAGGUAGAAUGGGAGUGUAUACACUAAAGAAAGAUGUUCCAGAUGGCAUAAAAGAGUUAUCUGAAGGUUCGGAAGAGAGCAGUGAUGGCCAGUCAGACUCACCGAGUUCUGAGAAUAGCAGUAGCAGCAGUGACGGUGGAAGCAACAAGGAGGGCAGGAAGAGCAGGUGGAAGAGGAAAGUAUCGUCUAGACUGUCACAGCCAUCUUCCCCCCAGUCAAGCUGUCCAUCUCCCUCCAUCUCAGCUGGUAAAGUCAUCUCUCCAUCCCAGAAGCACAGCAAGAAGGCACUAAAACAGGCUUUAAAGCAGCAACAGCAAAAGAAGCAGCAGCAGCAACAGCAGCAGGAACAAUGUCGAACAAGCAUGCCCAUCUCCUCUAAUCAGCAUCUUCUGCUAAAGACAGUCAAAGCAACCAGUGAACCUGUGCCCACUAAACCUGCUGCGUGGGAAGGAAAACAGUCAGAUGGACAAUCAAGCAGUCCUCAGAAUUCAAAUUCUAGCUCCUCUUCUUCAGUUAAAGUUGAAACUCCCCUGCCAGGGUUGGGGAAGAAAUCAUUUCAGAGAUCUGACAGGCUUCAUACAAGGCAACUAAAAAGGACUAAAUGUGCUGAAAUCGAUGUUGAAACACCUGAUUCUAUCCUUGUUAAUACCAAUCUGAGAGCUCUAAUCAACAAGCACACAUUUUCAGUCCUCCCUGGGGACUGCCAACAACGACUUUUGCUUUUGCUUCCAGAAGUGGACCGGCAGGUUGGUGCAGAUGGUUUGAUGAAGCUCAAUGGUUCAGCCCUUAAUAACGAGUUUUUCACUUCAGCUGCUCAAGGCUGGAAGGAAAGAUUAUCGGAAGGUGAGUUCACACCAGAAAUGCAAGUGAGAAUACGACAAGAAAUAGAGAAGGAGAAAAAAGUGGAGCCAUGGAAGGAACAAUUCUUUGAGAGCUAUUAUGGGCAGAGUUCUGGGUUGAGCCUUGAAGAUUCCAAGAAGCUGACUAGUGCUACCAGUGACCUAAAAAUGAGGAAACCCCCAACUGAACAACCAAAACCCACACCACCUUCAGAAGAACCUCCCACCAAAACAGUGAUGACAGCCCCUGAAGCAGAGUCUAAACCAGUGCAGGUGCUGUCCCCAGUAAGGAAAGAAUCAGGAGAGAGUACAGAAGAAGUGUUACCCAAACCUUCCAAAUCCCCUGAGCCUUUAGUUUCCUCAACUAGCAAUAUCAUUGAGCAGAACAGAACAGACCCUAUUGCAGGCCCAGAGGAGGAGGACCCCUUAGACCAAAGGAAGCCAGUAACCUCUGCUGAGCCAAAGCCUGAAAAUGAAAAUCAUCUCACUACAGCUACUCCCACCAUAAUGGAAAACAAAGGCACACCUAUUUUGACUCCAACCAAACCAAAGAGCCCAGGAAUUGGAAAACCAAUCAUGAGACCAGUCACAGAAGAAAGCCCUCUGGAGAACACUGUGAAAGAUGCCUCUCCCUCAGAGCACAGUGAUCUGAACCCAGAAGGCCUCAAGAGGAAAUCUUCACUCACCCAAGAAGAGACCCCCAUGAGCUGGGAGAAAAGGCCUCGUGUCCUUGAGAACCAUCAGCACCAGCAGUCGCUUCAAGCUUCUCCACAGCCCUUUCUUUUCAGAGGGGAAAGGGUACAGGUUCGAAAAGUACCACCACUCAAGAUCCCGGUCUCCAGAAUCUCCCACGUGCCAUUUCCUACAGGACAGGUCUCUCCCAGGGUUCGUUUUCCAGCCUCUAUCACUAGUCCCAACAGAACAGGAGCCAGAACCCUUGCAGACAUCAAAGCAAAAGCCCAGCUGGCCAAAGCCCAGAGAGCAGCUGCUGCCGCUGCCGCUGCCGCCGCCGCAGCUGCCUCUGUUGGGGGGACCAUCCCAGGGCCUGGCCCAGGAGGGGGAGGAGAAGGAGCAGCAGGAAGAGGAGGGGAUCCAGGAUCAGGCGGAGCCAGUGAAACUGGAAAAGGGAACACACUGGAACUGGCAGGAACUGGAAGCAGGGGAGGUACGAGAGAGCUUUUACCCAACGGUCCAGAGACUCAAUCCCAAAUUGAGACCAAGGCCCCAGGGCCGUCAUCACCUCACAGUGUCUCUAGAGCACAACUACAGCAAGCCCCCUCCUUACCAACCAGAGCUGCAGGCAGUGGAGCAUGUCCAAGGAGCCCCUCCCCAGCCCUCACUAACCCACCCCCACCAACUAUAGAGAAACUGAAGAUUGAAAACCCAGACCCCUCUUUGGUGACUGACAGAACAGUUCCCUGUAGCCCUUCCCAGAUUCCCAGUAACUUCAAACAAGAGAAAGCACCUUCUCCAUCAGCAGGCUCAGCCCUGACCUCAGGGACCCCACCUGCUCAGGUUACAGCAGAAUGCACAGUUGAGCCUAGAGCGAGUUCUAGGAAGGACAUAACAAGUGUUGCAGCUGUAGUAGAGACAAGUCCCAGUGCUCCUUUGGAGGGGGCUCCCUCCUCUUUGACAACUUUACCAAUAGCAGCCACUUUAGAAAAGCCUCUGCCUCCCCAGACCAGUGUUCCUGCAGCACCUACUGUAUCAGCUCCAUCCUCUAGCACUUUGCCAACCUCUAGCCUUAAAGUUCCAGGAGCUUCCUCAAAUCCAAGUGGACCCACUGCACGGCCAAGCUCUAGUAUUCCUGCUAAUAACCCUUUGGUCACCCAGCUGCUCCAAGGCAAAGACGUUCCCUUGGAGCAGAUACUGCCUAAACCUCUCACCAAAGUAGAAAUGAAAACUGUUCCAUUGGUUAUGAAGGAGGAGAAAGGGACAGGGGCACCCAGGGACACCAGCAUUACAGGAACUAGUGCCAGAGGGGAAGGUAGUGAGAGGCAGUCUCAUCUGUCUACACCUCACUUGGAGAAAGUCCAUCAGAGUAAACAGUUGCCCCAGGUCCCAAGGACCCUCCACCUCUUCUCAGGAAAGGACCUGAGGGACUCUAACAUUGAUCAGUAUCCUUGCCAAGAAGGACUCAAUAAGGUAACCCAAGAGCAGCUCCUGCAGACGCUCAUUAAAAGGGUUCAGAGGCAGAACCUGCUGUCAGUCUUGCAGCCCACGCAGUUCAGCCUCACUCACUCAGGUUUCCAAUUAGAAGACAUCUCUACCAGCCAGAGGUUUAUGCUGGGUUUUGCAGGUAGAAGGACAUCCAAGCCUGCCAUGUCAGGCCACUACUUACUCAACAUUUCCACCUAUGGCCGAGGUUCAGAGAGCUUUAAAAGAGCCCAGUCCAUGAAUUCGGAGGAUCGUUUCUGUCUGAAUAGCCCUCCUGAGGCCUUUAAAAUGGAACACCAGAAUUACAAAGGGGCUGCAGCAGAUGGCAGCAGCAGUAAAGAUGAAGAUGAGACUGAUGAAGAGAGUACUGAGGAGGAGGAGGAGGAAGAGGACCAGAUCCUGGUGAAAGAGGAGCCCUUAGCUUCCCAGGUUUCUGGCAAGUGUGAAGGAGGCCCAGGAGCCUAUAGCAGAGAUACCCUAUCAACAUAUGACCCUCUAACCACCAAGAAUAUGAAAGCUGAGGCACCAGUGACAGGGCAUGCCACUGUCAGCAAGGAGAAUUUCCACCUCUUUCCUACAGGUCAAGUAUUUGAUGGAAACACCCUGGCCAGAGAUUUCAUUCAGGCAGCACAAGAACGAAUGGCCCAUGCAAUGAGGGGAAAGAUGAUAAAUAAUAGUCCUGAGCUAUAUGGUACUCUUCCUCUUCCCACAGAUAGCCCCACACAUCAGCCUCUGCUCCUUCCUCCACUGCAGACCCCAAAGCUUUAUGGAAGUCCCCCACGUCAGCUUGGGCCUAGCUAUAGAGGCAUGAUCAAUGUCUCUACUUCUUCUGAAGUGGACCACAGCUCUGCUGUGUCAGGGAUGCCUGAUUGUAAUCAGGUGUCUAGCAACAUGGGGGAUGUCAUGUCCUUCUCAGUGACAGUCACCACCAUCCCUGCUAGCCAGGCAAUGAACCCCAGCAGCCAUGGACAGACCCUCCCUGUGCAGGCCUUCCCUGAAGAAAACAGUGUGGAGGACUCACCUUCAAAAUGCUAUUGUAGGUUGAAAGCCAUGAUCAUGUGCAAAGGCUGCGGUGCCUUCUGCCAUGAUGAUUGCAUUGGCCCCUCCAAACUGUGUGUCUCCUGCCUCGUGGUCCGGUGAGAGAUGAUGGAAGAGAAAAUGAGAGAUCCUAAAGGAGAAAGAAGGGGGCAGACAAAUAUAUAGGGAGGCACAAGUGUGUAUAGGUCCUUCUUUUGGAAUCACAGGAAGAAAUAACUAAUUUCAGUUGUCUUACUCAAGAUAAAUGUUACAUAAUCAGGAAUUCAGAAUACAGUUUUUACAUUUUAAUGGAAGAGCACCUUGUUGUACAGUAAGUCUAAGUCAAGCAAGACUUUGUGAAUUGUGACAAGUUUGCACUUAUAAAAUCAUGUAAAUAUGUCACAUUAUUUUGUUUAAAAAUUAUUUUUCCAAGUGUUUAGGAGAUAAUGUAUUACCAUGGACUUAUGUUUUGGUUCCAGUUCAGAUGACUCAGAAAAGCUUGUUACCCUGGAAGAAGAGAGCUACUCCCCUCCCAACCUCUCCCCUGUGAAUUAGGCUGAGGAAAGGAAGGUUUAGGGAAGGGCCGGAUGUAAUGGCUCUCUAUCCUUGAAAUUCUGGUUAGAGAAAUGACUUAGCUUCCUCAAAGGGUCUGGGCACUAAGUGUACUUAGCCCGUUUGCCUAAGAGAGAGCCUUGUUCUAUUUGGUCAUUAAUAAGGCAUUGAUUUCACAAGAACAUUACAAACCAUUUUUCCACCACCUCUGACAAGCUUCUGUGCCUUGUCUCCCAGAGGCUGUGUAGCAUCUGAGCACUCUGCUUGUGGAUACUUGUUCUCCCAACUCUACCCACGUGCCCUGAGACAGGGUAGUCUAGGAAGGGUGCAGCACCUUGGGCCUGGCUGCCUGCUUGCUUGGGUAGGGCAGUGAUUUCCAGCAAUAAUAAUGAGCACUUAGUCAUUCCUGGGAGCUCUUGGAUAGGUCAGUAGCAGACAUCCAAAAAAAUAAAUAAAUAAAAAGGACAGUAAUAGAAGCUGGGCUGUAUUUCCUUUGGAGGUUGUUUGAAAUUGUUGAGGCAUGGAAGAGCAAAGAUUUUCUCAGUUUAAACACUAGCCUUGAAAUAGCCUCACCUUUCUUUCCUCAACUAGACACUCAGUGCUGAGCAGACAGUCCUUAGAUAGGAUAAGUGACUAAUGCCAUAAUUGCAGCUUCUGUUACACUUGUUUUGGCCAGAUGGGCCACUGCGGGGCAUGUAUUAGGCUAAUAAUUUAUAUAUUUUUAAAUUUAGAUAUGUAUAUAUAUUUUUUAAGAUACAAGUCAGGCACUUUUCAUAUUUUUGAAAAUACCAAACCCUCAGUUUGUCCAUGUCUGCUCUGGAAAGCCUAAGGGCAAUGAUCUCUACAAACAAACAUGGGAGAAACAGCAGAUUUACCUGGGAGUACAAAACUAGAACAGGAAUGAGCCCUGGCUAAAGAGGACUAGAAGUCAUUGUUGGUUUAGUGGGCCUGAGACAGCAGCCAAAAUUAUUUCAUAAAUUUGGGGUGAUCUUGAUUUGCAGAAAAUGUCAUGUGGAAUACAAGGCCUAAUUCCAAGUGUGUGAAAAAGAAUUAUCCAUGCAGCUGACAAAUACUAGUUGCAUCCAGACCUCGUAUUCAGAGCAUGACACUUGUGAAAUCCAAAAUAUUUUAGAAUUUUAAAAGUACAUUCCAGAGUAAGAGAUAUCAAGAGGUCUCAGUUUAGUGUUACUUGAUCUCUUCCCAUUUAACUCCCCCCUUCUCUUUUCUCUCAAACUACACAAUCUUGACCCCACCCCCAUUCCAAACUUUCUAGAAGAUUUACAUCAACAUUACUAGCCUCUCUUUGUUCCCUGGUUUGUGGCCUGAUGCAGUGAUAGGAACUCUUGAUUGGCAUGAAAUCCUUCCAUUAUUGAUCCCUAUGCACAUACAGUCAUGAAGAAGGAGAACUGCAGGAAUCCCUAGAUUGGCAGCAGCUGCUGGAAUUAAGUCCCCCAGAAGGUGGUCAGAUCUACAGGUUUGUUCUGCUCUCUCUCUAGCUGCAGGUAGAAACGCUCUUAGCAAGUUGAGGAAAUCAUAAGUGAAGAAGGAUUUGGCCUGCUGGUGGGUUACUUCAUUCCCUGUCUCUCCUUUGGUUCCUAUGUGAAUAGUGGAGUAGUGGUGUUAGGGGUAGGUCUACAUCUGGAUUGAGGAAAGUUUUUGGUUGCUCCUUUAUCUAGGAAUAAACAAGUCACCUGCAGAGGAAGGAAAACUUCAGACCAUCACAAGGCCAGUCUAUAUUGUUUCUUAAUUCAUAUUGACCAUGUUUAAAAAAAAAAAAGACAAAUAAAUCUGUACAUUUUUCCCCCACCCUGCAGUGUUUGAGUGCAUUCCAGCCCUGUCUUCUCAGAUUAUCACAACUCAUAAAAAAGGAUUAAGUCCCUUUCUCCAUUACUAAGGAUCACAUAUAAAUAAAUGAAAACCAGUGUGUAGGUCACAUCCAAUUUCACAUUCUCUGUUGGAAAAUAGCAAUGCAUUAUUCAGUUUGAAAGUCAUGUCUUGUAUGUUAAACAGUAAAACAACAACAAUAAAACUAAACUUGAUAUUAGUCUUGAAAAAUGAAGCAGUUGGAAAUGAAAACCUAUUGGAACCCCAUCAGUUGCUACUGGUUUUCCCAUAUCUCCUGAGGGUUCCAAAUGGGGUUUUAGUUUUAUUUUAGGGGCUUUUCCCCCCAUCUUCCUAUUUAACUUGAAAUAUUUUCAAGGAAAGUGCUAAGCGUUCUUAUAGAAUAGAGUUUAAUUGCACUACUCCCAUUGACUUUAGUUGGGUGUUGCAUUCCUAGUGGGCAUGCUUCAGAUACACCCUCUAUCCUUCAGAUGCCUUCCAAUACAGGUUCUUCUGCAGGGAAAUAGCAUUAAUAAUACAAUAUCUCCAGGUCUUAAUUAUGUGUGUUCUGAAUUGUUUGUUAUAAGAUGUUCUUCAAAUUUGAAAUUGUGCUAGUUAUGUAAACCAUACCAUUUAGUCAAUAAGAAUAGAAAACCAAAUAAACAGAUACCCCGGGUCCUCUGUCCUCCACCCCCUCCAUCCACAUGCUCAAGUUACUAAUGUUCUCUGCUCUGAGAUUUAGCAUCCUUAGUAAGGGCUGGUAACAUUUUCUGCAGGCUAAAAGGUGUUUUGGAACUUUUCUCUAAAAUCUUUAAUAGCCAUCCAGGGAGAGAUCAAAUCUGCCAGGUAAAGGUUUUAAUCAACUCAUUAUUAAUCACCUGGUAUUAGCCAUUAAUAAUGUUAGUGAUAUAAACUGUAUAACUGGCUUUUAUUGCCUUUUACCACCUUCAGGACCAUGAAAGAGCCUCUCGGGUUAGGGUCUUAUGGAAUGUGGUUACCAAAAUGGAGAGCUCUUAAGUGGCUCGUGUAUGUGUUUUGAAGGCUCCAUCAACAGUGGAUCAGAAUCAGAAUCUUGCCUAUACUUGGUCCUUCUAUAUAAUAAGGUAAACCCUUCAAGGUUUCCCAUGGCAGCAAAAUGGAAACAGUUCUGAUUCUUCCCCAUUAUAGGGCACUUGGGCUUAAACUUGGCUUGGGAUAUGGGGUAGGCUUCAGCUUGGGCUAUUGAAUAGCCCAGAAAGACUUUGGGACAUGUGAUAGGCAGGUAUUUUUCCUACCAGGUCCUAAACCUGUUGAAGGGAAGCAACAGGGAUAUUUGCUAAGAUUGAAGUAAUACCUUCAGAGAUUCUUGGUUACUUUAUUUUUAUUAAUCCUAUACAUUUGAUACAAAUAUCAAAGAUCAGUAAAAAAAAGCUUUCCAAUAAUAUAUUUUAAGUAAUAUAUAUUUUAAUAUCUGUAAAAAAAAUGACAGCAGAAGACUUGUGAAUUUCUGAUACAGGGUAUUUUGGGUUAGGGGCCUCUGCAAAGGCCCCACUCUCCAAGGAAAUGACUGAAGGCACUCAUCUAAUGCAAUAAGUAAAGGGGAUAGUUCUGGGGUUUGUUUUUUUAUUUCAAAAUAAAUUUGACAUUGUUUACCACAAGCUAUUUUUUUUCCUCCUGGCUAUAAGGUUUGUACAAACUGGUUUAGUACAUGCUAAACGUUAGUGUCUUUUGCCUUUUUAAAGGAAUUGUUAACAUUGGAAUUGAGGGUAUGUACAGAGAAGUUGGUGUCGACACCAUUCAUAUUUUUUCACAAAUAAUAGAGAAAAUCAUUUUACAUAAGAAUUUUAAGUAUUUGCAAUAAAUAUAUGUAUAUAGACUGUAUGUACUUCAUAUAUUCUCUUAUUUUUCAUUUUAUUAUUAAGUAAAAGAUGGUAAAAAUUAAAAUAAAAACCUUUGAGCUGGUGAAUUUUGAGGUCUGACCUGUAUCUGAGAGUGAGUUGGAUGAGUGUUUCCGUUGCUUGACACUAUUACUGGGACAAUAUCCCUAUUUGAGAGGGAACAGGAAAAUGGGGAGAUUAAUAAAGAAUCAGAAUAGGUUGUCUUUCUAAAAUUGGCACUGUUUUUCAGCCCCUUCUUCUGCUUGUUUAAUUUCUUUGCAUUUUGUUCUGGGCCCGGGAUGAGGCCUCUUUGUAAUGUGGCCAUUUUUUUUUCCUGAAAGAAUGAUCAUGAAAACUUUGUGAAAAAGGAAAUAACUACUUUCUCCCACACUAAAGUUAACAAAGAAGCCCUUCUUCCUCCACCCUUUGCCCUAGGACUGUGCAAGGAAAUGUUCUCUAGUGAGUCAGAGUAUACUCUCCUUCUCCCCCCCCCUCCCCUCUUUGAAGACUUACAGGUAAGUCUCCAUUAGUACAAUCUCCGUCAAACAGCUCUUGGUACUAAAAAUUGGAGAGGUUUAAGUUGAAUCAAGAGUCUUGCUUAGGAAAAAGACACUGGAAACUGGCUCUGUACCACAUCCAUCACUUGAAAUCUAUACGAGUUAUAUGGUGAAUUUUCUGAUCCCUACAUUUUUUUAGAAGAAAUUUAUAAGGAACAAGUUCAGAACCAAAUAUUUGAUAGGAUUAUAAGGAAAGGGCAGUAGUUCAUGCCUAGAAUAAUAGCUAGCUAACAUUUAUAUAGUGCUUCAAGGUUGGCAAACUACUUCACAUGUAUUGUAGGAGAGUCUUGUGGAGGUCCUUGAAAGCUGGGAAGAUUGACAUAAGAACGUACACACACACUCUAAGAUCAUAAGUUAAGAUUGUAAGGUAAAUAUUAGCUGUAAGUCCAGAUGCUUCUUGCUCCUGACCUGUCAUUUCAAUAUUGGUCUCUAGGGAAUUCUUAGAAAAGAAACUCCUAAACCAAAGCAUUGUAGCAACUGUUCUGUAGCUGAUAAUAUUAGCUGCCAUGAGCCACUGAGAGGUUAAGCCACCAUACUGUAUGGGGUGAGUAAACACAAGAUGUGCAGCCCACUUUGAAAAAUGUAAACAGGUAUUAUUUUGCCUGUAUAUAUAAUUUCUUAACUAGGAGGUGAUGAAGCUACAAAACCAAUUUCUCCUUUUGUUUCAGUAGCAAUUUCCCAUAAUUCCAUGAUCAUUUCUCUUCAAUGAUAAUGAUAUUCUUUAGAAUCUGGUCAUUUAAGUAUGUAGUAAUGCUCUUACUCUUAAUUCCAUUCUCUCAACAUCUCUUAAUUCCAUUCCUUGAAAACACAACAGAAACACCUUAAGGAAUGGGAAAGAGCCUAUCAGAGCUAGGGAAAUAGCUCAUACUAAAUAUAUUAACCAAAAUUCUGCUCAUCUCUACAGGAACUGACUGAGUCUCAAGAAAACUGUCCUUUAUGUAAAAUAGGUAAUUGGGAAGGAAUAAAACAAUUUUAAUUCAAAUAAAAUGAUUAGGGUUCAGUCACUUCCAAUCUACAUCCCUUGGGGAAUACAAUUCAUGUUCAAUCAGUUUUUAUUCUAUCUCUACUUCCUUGAUUAUUGGCUUGAACGUAGUAGACACUUAGCCUGUAGAUAAUCGUUUUUUAUUAUCGGGUAGAGUGCUUUUCAUUCAUGGUAAGGCAAAGUGUUGACCUAGUGAUAUUUCAUCCUGUAGGCUGUAGGAAGUUGUAUGAUUGGGUUACUUUAAUGGUUGUAAUCAGUGUGGACACUCCUACCAUUGGUUUUAAUUGCAGCUCAUCCAUGCCUUUUCAGUUGCAUAUUCUCCUUUCAUAAAUUGUCAUAGAGGAUCUACCCUAUGUUCUGAGGGACUUUUAAAAUAUUUUGUUAAUUAUCUACCGUAUUCAUUAGGUGUAAGUAACCAGCUUUUGGUGUGGACCUUUACAGGAUAUCCUACAUGAUGCCAGGAUUGGUGAGCAUCUGUCUUGCCUGUUUUAUUUUUUACUGCUCAAAAGAUGACUGAACAGUUACCACUAUGGCUGAAUCAGGAUUUAAAAACAAACAAAAAACUUAAUAAACCUGGGAAACAUCGAAGGAGAGCCUUUAAGGUAAAACCUUAUACUCUACUGAGUCAAAUACUUUAUGUGUACAAUCAGUAAUCGGGAUUUUGAUGUCUCUACCUUUCAGACCAUUGUGUGCCUGAAGAUAUGGGCUCACAAAAUGUUCAAGAAUCUGUUUUCAUCAAAUGUUUCCUCAACAUUUGCAUAGACCAUCAUUAUAAAGAUUUUUUUUAAGUAAUGAGGAAGUCACAUGGGUUAAUGGUUGCUUCUAAGUUUUUCUAAGCAACUAUUGUUGGGGGGACAAAAGUAAUACUGAAACAUGAAAGGGUUUUUAGUCAUUGUUACAUGACAGGUGGAUUGUGAAGUAGAAUGGUGUCUGGCAGCUUAUUAAACAGAUAGGGGCUAGCAGGAUGGUAGUUUUGGUGAGCCGUACAAAUAUUGGUAAAAGUUGUUUGGGAUUUGUCAAGAGAUUUGAAUUAUUAAUAGGUCUAGAUAUUUUACAGACACAGGUAAUAUGCAAAUCAGAGACUAAGAAGCUACCAUUUAUGGUCAAGCGAUGCUUUGGGCCCACCAUUUCUUGGCCUCGGUGGAUCCUUUCUUUUAAAUGAUAAGAUUUGCCAUUUGCCUUUUCAGUGGUAAUACUUUUCCUUUCCCAUUGUAUGUCUUGAUGAAUAAAAGUUUUUUUUUGUAACUCUCAACUGUUAGGAUCUAUUUAGACCUAGUAGAACUGGCUCUCUUCCCCCUCCCCAACCUUUUCAUUCACUGUAACCAAAAGUCCCGCAUUUGUAACAGAUACAGCUUUUUAAAAAUUAGAAUUCUGGUGCUUGAUGUUGGAAUAACACAGAUCCUGAUGUUUAUUUUGGUGAUUCUGUAUAGACAGGGUCAAGCAAGACUGUCAGUUGUAUUUUAGCACCACAGAAGCUCUUAAAUGCUGAUCCUAACUGAUCUAUCUGCUACUUAGAAUCAUGGGUCUGUAUCUCAGGAUAAUUUUUUUUUUUUGGUUUUGUGUGUACAAUGAAGAAAUUCAUGCUUAUUCUCAAAAAGGGGGGGGGGCAGGGAAAGCUGUUACUCCCUUUUGUAAAACUUGACUUCUAAUAUUUGAGACUUUUUUUUAUCAGAUGAGAUAAGGAUUUACUUGAGCAGUAAAUUUCAAGUCUGGACCUUUUCCUCAAUCCCAUACCUGCUUAUAUUCCUAACACGGAAUUGCAGAGAGAAGGCAAGAAGCAAUGAUUAAGUAUGAUUUUUAGGACAGGACAGAGUGUUGAGGUAGACUUUGGGUCCUCCCCUAGUUGAGAAUCAGAUGAUUUUAAGAUGACAGAAAAAGAUUCUACAUAGGACAUAGAAAAUGUCUUGGGGAGAGAGAAGAUACAUUUCAUAUUUAUUUGAUAAAUUAAUUUUUUUAUAAUCUCCAGAAUGCUUUAAGUUCCUUAAGAAUUAUCUGUAGUUUGUAAUAUACAAAGAUAGGGUGAAGUCGCUAUUUGUAGAACGUGUGGUUUGUCGAGUCAUGUAACCAGAUUAGAGAUGGGUGUAUUACAGUGGCAGCCAAGUGACCUGGCCAGGAUGUGGUAUCUGCGCUGUGGAUCUUGCCUUCUGACCUCACUAACACUGUUCUAACCUCUGCACUAUUAAUUUCCCUGAACAUACUCAAUGCCAUUCACCUUAUUUGUCAACAAAUAACAGAGCGACAGAAAUGAGAUUUAAGUAAUUCAGUUUGUCUAUAGUUAAAAGUGAUUUGUGACUAUGGGGCAGAAAGGGGUUGCUCUCAAUCCUCUCAGGCCGAGGAUCUAGUGGGACACAAGGAAAAGAUCUUGGUAAGAGCAUGUGUGCGUGUGUGUGUGUGUGUGUGUGUGUGUGUGUGUGUGCGCGCGCGUAUGCCAUGCUCUCAAGUGUGGCUCAAUCUCUCUUCGCCUUGGGUUCAUCCAGUGGUUAUGCUGUGAAUGAAGUUUCCUAUUUUGGGGAUCAGUUCUUUUUAAAAAAAUAAAUAAAAACAAAAAUGGGAGUUUUGUGUCAUCAUAACCCAUGGAGUGUAGGACUUGUUAAAUAGCCAGAGCCUUCACUCUUAUGUCAGCCAUUCUUUUGAUUCUCUUACCUAUAAGCACCACUGAUGGAGCCCUGGGGCUCUACCACUGUAUCAUUCUUUUGCACAAGCCUUAAAAUGAAUGAAAUCAUGGAUCUAGACCCCCUUUUUUUAGAUGAAUUUUGAGAUAAGGGCCAAGAGCAAAGCACUCCCUAGGGGUUGGUCAGCAUUAAUAUUGUUGGGCAAGAUUUUUGUCAGGUAUUCAUACAACUCCAAACGUUUGGGGAGGAUAAUGCAUUGAAGCUCCAGAAACUGUGAUCUUUUCAUCUGGCCAUGAAAUGCUGAAAUCAGCCUCCUGCUUACCACCUUCACCAGCACUGAGAAAACAGAAGAAAGGGAGCAAUUACCAUAUGUGUCCUUGUCACUUGAAAAUCUUACAUGCCAGUAGGCCUUAGCACUUUGAAAAACAAAAUCUGCCUUGUCAUUUCCUGUCACUACCAUAACUACUCCUAUUACCUUACACCAUUCCUGUUAUUGUUCAUGUAAAACUACCUGCUUCAGAAUUGAAUGUAAAAUAGUAUUUCUGCACACGGACAGAAUGUGUAUUUUACCUUAAUGUUUCAUUUUAUGUUAAAUAAAAGCAUAUAAUUUUA